AUGUCAAGCUAUGACCAGCGCAAUCAAUACGAGGGACAAUACCUGAUUCAAAACUCGGCUCCUUCCGCCCGUUCCAAAGCGAAGCCGAUCGCCGUCCCAAUCGUCUCUGUCCGCAAAACUGACAAUGACUCACGAUUGUCGGGCAGCCCGGGCAAUCGCUUUGGAUCGCAAUUCAACAAUACCUUCGGUGCUCACUCUGCGCCGCCUAAUCGCGAUAUAAGCUCGCCUAGUCGAGCAGACUCUCAGAUGAAGGAUAUUUUCGAAGACAUCGCCACUGUCGGCACUAACUUCGAGCAACAACUGCGUAUAAAAUUGGAUCAGGAUUCGAGAGACAUCAACCAGAACUUCAACCAGAAUCAACCACAGUCGAACGUCAGUCAGAUGAUACCAAUGAAUAAUGCCAGACGCCCGCCUCAGGCGAGUUCGGUCGCUCAAUCAUUCUCGCCUUCGUCGUGCCCAACUCUUUACAUGCCAGUCAAGCAGGAGAUGACUGAUGAUGAGAUCAGACAGAUUCAAAAGGACCGACAGAAAAAAGACAAUCAUAAUCUGAUUGAACGACGACGACGGUACAACAUUAAUGAUCGAAUCAAAGAACUCGGUCAGCUUAUUCCUCGCUCUGGCGAUCCAGAAAUGCGAUGGAACAAGGGCAAUAUCCUCAAAGCAGCAGUUGAGCACAUCCGAAAGCUGCACACGCGCCAAGAGCGCCAGGUCCGCUCCGACGAUCGAGCAAAGAAAAUGGAAGCGAUGAACAGACAACUGAUGAUUCGACUUCAAGAAUGCGAAAACGCAAUGAGAUCAAAUGGACUCGAUGUUCCAGAUAUGCCAGAGCGAGAUGAAUUCAUCGCGCAACUCGGCGGAAAUGAAACUGGAAAUAUGCUCGAUGAUGACUUGGAGAGCGCACCUUCUCCCGGAGACAUCAUGAGCCUCAACGACGAUCUACAGUCGACGCACAGUAUGCAAAGCCAGAACUUUAUGUCCUCGCCUCGUCGCAUUGGUGGAUCCGAGCCCAAGCCAAUGCCCGGCCAGCCCUCAACGCUUCAACAACCGAGCUCGUUGAAUCAGUUUUCUCAUCAAAACGCGUCUUCCUUUGCGAGCGGAGUCGGCACGCCCGAGUUCGGCUCCCUCUUCAGCCAGUUGCAAGAGCUCAUCAACGACCCCAGCCUACAGGAUGUCACUGACAUGGGCGGUCAAAUGGCAGCCAAUCAAAAUCGCCAGGCACAGCCCCAGAGCCAGGCGCGACAAGCCCCCGAGCAAGUUCAAAAUUACCCGGAUCCAGUUCAUGAUAUGGACUUUGGUCGACAGGAAAACACAAUCUUUCAAGAAGAUUUCAACAUGGGAGAUGAUAUUCAGUUCGAUUAA